GAAGGAUUCAAUUGAAAAGAACGGAGAAGGUUGAGGACAGCAACCGAUAUUAACUCAUAAAAAAAAGCAGAGCCAGGCCUUUCAAGUUCAAGAGAGCCCAAUUAAAGCCCAAGGUUUCUGAACUAAUGAUGGACAAUGCCUACGGCCUAACGGAAACCGUCGCUGUUUUCUCUUUUCCGGCGACGGACUCCCUAACGCACGUCGAUGAUCCUCACUCGCCUCUCCCCCGCCAACAACACCACCACCCACUUUCAUAGGCCCUUACGCUCUUCACGCGCCACCUCUCCCCCUCCACCUACGGCUCAGAAUUCCAUGACCACUAUUUCUUCAAACCACCACACUCUCUCUCUCUCUCUCCAAACCAAACCCCCAAAAGCCUAACCCUAAUCCAGAAACUCCCAAGAAAAUGGCAAAAUCAUCAGUGCCGACCUCCAUCAUCAUCGCUCGGUAAGGUAAAGACUGUACCCGCCGACUUGCCAGUUGCACUUGAUUUUCGGUUUAGUUACCCAGAGAGUGGCCCGACGGUGAGCCCCAUGGAUUGAGGUAGCCCAAGGAUUCUCCAUUUGGUCCAAUCGGCUGGACUGGGGUUUGUGGCCGGCCAUGGAACCGAAGGUGAAAUCGGUGGAGGGUGUAGAGGAUCCGAAAUUGGUGGAGGAGUGGAAAUGCGAGAGAGGAUACAGGGGGCACCUCUUACUCUCUCCCGCUGAGAGGAAGUUUUUGUUGAAUAGUUUUGGGUAUAUGUUUAUUCUUUCCUUUAAUUUCUUUUUUACAAUUGUUCUUGCUGUUCGAAGGGAUGGUUUAACUCGCAACAUUCUGAAUGACAUUUAUACUCAGUGGAGGCAUGCUGAAGGCUAAAGUAGUCAGGGUUGAGUGGCUUGGUGUGCCUUUUGUUGAUAUGAAAAAUGUUCAUGCUCAGCUUGUGGUGCCUAGAGUUUACUUCCAAUUUAGUGAUGUUGCCACUGACUUGGCUAGUAGUUGAAACUUCAGCCAAGAAUGGGUAUUAUGGUAGACUGGUAGUCUGGUUCCCAUGGUCAGAGAUGCAUUUCUUUUCAACGAGCUUGUACGAAUAGACCACCAAGGCCUUAAUAGAAGUGAUUACAGGAAAAUAGGGUGCAAAGUUGGGGUAAUUUUCUGUUAAUAAUAUACUCUACAUUUAUUGCUGAAGGUUUCUUCUGAUUGGUGUAGCAUGACACUGUCUAUCUGAUUACUAAGAUUGGUUUGCUAGCAUAAAUGUGCUUCUUUCCGUAAUUUUUUGAGGAAUUUCUUGAGCUUUCAUGUUUGCUGCUUCAUGGAUCUACAUUUCUGCUGUCUGAUAAAUCUGCAGUUUAUGAGCUGUAUGAACUGUUUCUUGUGUAAAUGGUAGAAACCUUCUGUUUGACAUAUUCUGAAAAGAUUCUACCUGUUACGGUUAUUUCUAGUCUUUGGCACUCAAUAUUAUGAGCUGCAGUUUAUGAGCAAUCAUCUUGCACCUGGUGAUGUAGAUUCAAGGGUGUCUGUCAUUGGUUCUCAAAACCUUAUAAAACAGGGUUCCCCAUUUUCUCAGAAAAUGAUGAAAACAUUAUGAUAUAAUGCUGAAAAUGAAAUGCUCUCAACCAGAUCAAAUAUUAUAUCAACACUGUAAGAUGGUAUUCUCACAGUUAGUUGCUCAAGAGCUUGGUAUGGACUCUGGACAAACAAACAUCAACAAUUGUU